UAAUCAGCUCGGCUCCUUGGUGGUCAGUGUGGAGCAGCAGCAGCAGGGUAUUAAUUCUAGAUCUGCGGGCUCUCCACCACAUUGGGUUCCUUCUUCCAGAAAGAUAAGGGGGAGGGAUCUCCCGAGCCUGACGGACAGUUUACAUAAUGAGCUUGUGAGGCCAGGAGGCAACUAUAUAAACAGCGCGAAGGGAAGCCAGCUUUCCACUCACGGAGCGAGCACAGCAGCAGCAGCUAAGGUCGGGGAAAGGAACGAGCUGCUGCCGCGCCACGCUUACACGCCCCUCCGCCUCUCUCCUCUGGGCUUGGGAGUUUUAUAAACGACGGGAUUUAACCCUCCGACCACGCCGAUGGUUUAAAAAGCAGCCCCACUGGAUUAUACCUUCCUCUUCGUCUUGGGGAGUACUUGGAAGGGAAACCUCGAGGUGCAUACUGACCUGCAUGCCACGACUUGGGAGAGCCAGGCAGCAACAGCAGCGCAUCUUUGGACCACCUGAGGAAUACAAGCGAGCCUUGAAAGCUCAGUCCGGGAGGAAUUAAGCAAAUCAUAGCGGGAGGAUGGCAGCCUUGCGCCUCGUGGGCUUGACAUUGGCUGUCGCGGUGACGCUGCAGAAGGUCUCCGGCUCGGGCGUCUUCCAGCUGGAGCUGCGGCACUUUGCCAACGGCCAAAGCGCGCUGGCGAGCGGAGAGUCGUGCGGGUCCGGCUGCAGGACCUUCUUCCGCGUGUGCUUGAUGCAUUACCAGGCGGUGAUCUCGCCGGGCGACUGCACCUUCGGCAGCAUCGUGACCCCGGUGCUGGGGAUCAACUCCUUCGCCAUCCGGGAGACCGAGGGCUUCGGCAGCCCCAUCAAGUUACCUUUCAACUUCACGUGGCCGGGAACUUUCUCAUUGAUCAUCGAAGCCUGGCACGCUCCCGAAGGUUACCAUCCAGCAGCAGGAUCCAAGCCCCCUGCCCGGAAGUGGCUCAUCAGCCAGAUGGCGAUCCGGCGCUCGCUGGCCGUGGGCGAGGCGUGGCUGCAGGACCAGCAGAGCCACGAGUGGGCCCGCCUGAACUUCUCCUACCGCGUGGUGUGCAACGAGCACUACUACGGCGACAACUGCUCCCGCCUCUGCAAGGACCGCGACGACCUCUUCGGCCACUACGUCUGCAAAGCCGACGGUGGGAUGGCCUGCCUGCCCGGCUGGACGGGGGACUACUGCACCGACGCUAUCUGUCUAGAUGGGUGUUCAGAGAAAAGUGGAUUUUGCAGAAAGCCAGGAGAGUGCAUCUGUCGUAGUGGUUGGAAAGGCCGUUACUGUAAUGAAUGUAUCCCUCAUGUGGGUUGUCGCCAUGGGACCUGUACAAAACCAGGAAAGUGCAUAUGUGAUGAAGGCUGGGGAGGCCUUUUUUGUGAUCAAGAUCUGAACUACUGCACCCAUCACAGACCCUGUAAGAAUGGGGCCACCUGCAUGAACACUGGCCAGGGAAGUUAUACAUGUUCCUGCAAAGAUGGUUUUACUGGUGUUGACUGUGAACGGAAUAUCAGCGAAUGUGACAGUAACCCCUGCAAGAAUGGAGGCAGUUGCACAGAUUUAGGGAAAUACUACAAAUGCACAUGUCCCCCAGGAUACGAUGGUGUUAAUUGUGAGCACAGUGCCUUGACUUGUGUUGAUUCUCCAUGUUUUAAUGGUGGCACAUGCCUAGAAAGAGAAGGAGGAACCAGCUAUGCUUGUAUUUGUCCUAUGGGCUUUACAGGAUCCAACUGCGAAAAGAAAGAAGACAGGUGUACCAACAACCCCUGUUCUAAUGGUGGGCAGUGCUUUGUUUUGGGCCAGCAACACGUGUGUCGUUGUCGUCCUGGUUUCUCCGGUCAGAAAUGUGAGAUAAACAUCAGCAAGUGUUCCAGAAAUCCAUGCUCCAAUGGAGGAUCUUGUCAUGACCUUGUGACUACACAUGAUUAUACAUGUACUUGCUUGCCAGGCUACACUGGCAAAAACUGUGAAACCAGAACUAGAGAUGAAUGUGCCUCUGAGCCCUGCCAGAAUGGGGGAACAUGCUAUGUUGGGCUUUAUCCUACUACUUUUGCUUGUCACUGCCUUUCUGGCUUCAUGGGCAGCCAUUGUGAAUUUCCAGUGCAUUCAGUUUCAGAGCCUCCUAAACAGGUUCCUUGGGUGGCCAUAUCCAUGGGAGUUGGGCUAGUGGCUCUUCUUGUUUUGUGCUGCAUGAUCGCUAUAGUUAUCCGGCAGAUGCAGAGACAGCCAGAACAGAAUUCAGAAGCCAUGAACAACCUGUCUGACUUCCAGAAGGAAAAUCUCAUCCCAGCGUCUCAACUUAAAAACACCAAUAAAAACAAAGACCUUGAAGUAGACUGCGUGCUGGAGAAAUCAAACUACAAACUUAAGAAUCACACAUUGGAUUAUAACCUGAUGAAGGAACUGACGUGUAGAGGGGCUCAGGAAGAUAAAUAUCAUAAAAGCGAAAAAUGUAUAGGAGAGAAAUCACCCUUCUGGUUACGCAGUGAAAAGCCAGAAUGUAGAAUAUCAGCUAUAUGCUCUCCAAGGGAUUCCAUGUACCAGUCUGUCUUUGUGAUAGCAGAAGAGCGAAAUGAGUGUGUUAUAGCCACAGAGGUAUAAGAAUGAAGGUUGCUCUGUUUGCACCUCAGUGUUGGAGAUGCCACAAGGUGGACAUUCCUGCUAAUUGUUUACAAUUCACAAUUGGAUUGGACUUGGAUUUUUUUAAUUAUAUGCAAUUUGCUGCUCUCAGGAGGAGGAGAGGAUGGAAGUGGGUGAACUGGACAGACUGUGAAUUUAAAGAUGCAAUAGAUCUUUUGGCCCCCUGUUCCCUUAUUUUGAAGUCUGAUAGAAGGAAUGUAAUUGACUACAGGGAGGGGAGAAGCAGUGAUGGUGUCUUUUACUAGCCUUUGAAAUUACUUUGCUGCCAGUUGCUCAUGGACAGUUGUGUGACUUUCCAAAACUUCAAUCUUGGAAGGUGCCCGUUGGUGCAAAAGGCACUCUGCCAUCACAGAAUAAACCAGCAAUACUGUGAGAAGAAUGAAUGAAGAAACAUGUUUUUCUAUGCAUAUAAUGGAUACAGAAUAAAUGAGCUCACCAUUUUUUUCUGGAUUUGAAAGUGCCUGAAGCGUGUUUAAGAAUCUAGAGAGCCCAAAUCAAGAUAUAACUGCCUUUCCCCCCUGCAGUACCCAAACAGUAUUGGCAACGAGUUACUUACUACCAGUACCUCCUGUUGCUUCUCUAUUUUACAUCCCUUUUCCCCUUCCAUGUAUUCCAGACAAUGUAAGGGGAGAUG